UCGGCGGCGGUCGGUCGGUCGGCGGCGCUAAGGCCCGGCGGCGCGGCGGUGCCGUGUUGACAGCGGCGGCCGCGCCGGGAGCAGCCCCGGGAAGCAGGUUGGCGGCGCCGGGUUCCCGCUCCCCGCCCCGGGAUGGCCUUCAUGGAGAAGCCGCCGGCCGGCAAGGUGCUGCUGGACGACACGGUGCCGCUGACAGCGCAGAUCGAGGCGAGCCAGAGCCUGCACUCCCACACGGAAUACAUAAUCCGUGUUCAGAGAGGAGUUUCAGCAGAAAACAGUUGGCAGAUUGUGAGGCGAUACAGUGACUUUGACUUGCUUAAUAAUAGCUUGCAGAUCUCAACUCUAAGUCUACCUCUUCCUCCCAAAAAAUUGAUUGGAAAUAUGGAGCGUGAAUUCAUAGCUGAAAGACAGAAGGGACUCCAGGCCUAUCUCGAUGUAAUUACUACCCAUCACAUACUGUCUAACUGUGAAUUGGUAAAAAAAUUCUUGGACCCAAACAGCUAUUCUGUUAACUACACUGAAAUUGCCUUACAGCAUGUUUCAAUGUUCUUCCGAUCAGAGCCAAAGUGGGAAGUGGUAGAACCAUUAAAAGAUAUAGGUUGGCGGAUACGUAAGAAAUAUUUCUUAAUGAAGAUUAAGAAUCAACCAAAGGAACGUCUAAUGUUAAGCUGGGCUGAUCUUGGCCCUGAUAAAUACUUGUCUGACAAAGACUUACAGUAUGCUGUGAAACUUCUUUCUUCCUGUUCUCAUCCCUAUAUUUACAAAAUCACUUUUGCCACUGCCAAUGAAUCUUCAGCGCUGGUUAUUAGACCGUUCAGUGAAAAAGGGACACUAAAGGACCUUAUUUAUAAGGCAAAGCCAAAAGACCCAUUCCUGAAGAAGUAUUGCAAUCCUAAAAAAAUUCAAGGUCUUGAACUUCAGCAAAUAAAAACAUAUGGGAGGCAAAUAUUAGAGGUGUUAAAAUUCUUGCACGAGAAAGGAUUUCCUUACGGCCAUCUUCACUCUGCCAAUGUGAUGUUGGACGGGGACACCUGCAAGUUACUGGACCUAGAAAAUUCCUUGUUGGGACUUCCAUCAUUUUAUCGAUCAUACUUUUCACAGUUUCGGAAAAUUAAUACUUUAGAAGGUGUUGAUGUACAUUGCUUUGGACACUUACUGUAUGAAAUGACAUAUGGAAGACCCCCCGAUACAGUUCCAGUAGACAGCUUCCCUCCUGCACCAUCAGUGUUUGUAGUGUCUGUGUUGGAAUCCAUUCUGACCUGUGAAGCUAUGAAGAAUGGCAUGCCAACUGUUUCACGGCUCUUACAGAUGCCAUUAUUCAGUGAUGUCCUGCUAACAAACUCCGAGAAACCACAGUUUAAGAUUCCUACUAAGCUAAAAGAGGCAUUGAAAACCUCCAAGGAAUGCACAGAAAAACGAUUAACAGAAGAACAGAAAUUGAUUCACCAGCACAGAAGGCUGACAAGAGCUCAAUCUCAUCAUGGCUCUGAAGAAGAAAAAAAGAAAAGGAAGAUCUUAGCACGAAAAAAGUCAAAACGCUCUGCCUGUGAAAGUGGGGAAGAACACUCAGCAAAAUACAGCAACUCAAAUAACUCAGCAGGCUCUGGGGCGAGUUCCCCAUUAACAUCUCCGUCAUCCCCCACUCCGCCCUCUACGGCAGGAGCAUCGUCGGUACCCCCAGCACCACCACCGCCACCCCUGCCACCAGCAGCUCCUCCUCCAAGUACAGAGGUGCCAACGCAGCCAAGCCCGCAGCCCAAUGUCAGUGCAAGCCGAGGAGCCUUACUCAGCUCCAUUCAAAACUUUCAGAAAGGAACUCUGAAGAAAACACAGACGUGUGACUACAGUGCUCCCAGGAUCAGCUGAGGCCACUGGUCACACCAGGAUUGAAUUCCCUCUCCCCCUCCUGUGCUGUCUGGGACAAGACCCUCCUGACCAGUGACUGAUCCACCAGCAUAUAGCGGCUAAUCACGCUGUAGCUCCAUUUACCCGUUUCAGCUUUCCUUGAGUAGCAGCACUGCCCUGUCUGAAUUGCAUUGCCAUGCCGUGAUAAGUACUCCAUUCUCGACUUGGUUUCAAGAACUUUGUUCUCUAGCUACAAUUUUCAGGGGUACAGCAAUUUCUAUAUAGCUGAAUAAAAAUCUGAAAAUAGGAAUGACCAUGAUCAUGGUGAAUUAAUACAUUUUUUUUUUCAAGCUCAAUUCCACCUCGUUUUUUCAAAUUACAGGAACGCAGUUUUAGCCUGCUCAGUUUUUCAACUCUUUUCAUGCACUUGUAACUCAUCUUAAUUCUUGCUGCAUCGAACCAGCAAGUUUUGUUUUAGAUAAUCCAACUCCCCCAACCCUUAAUGCAUACUGCACAGGUGAGGGAACUGGAGAAUUAAAUCUUAUUCCCACCAUAUUUGCUGGUGGAGUAAAAAUGCUGUCUUAUUAAACUUGUUUAAAUGGACAUCCUACCUGUAACUCUAAGGGAAAGUGUUUUAAAUGAGGAAACAGUUGAAAUGGGAGUUAACAGGGCACUGGGAUAUUAUUCUUGAUUUAGUUAAAUGCAAAGUUACUUCAAGUUAAUUCUACAGCUUAAACUUUAUUGAGAGAUCCUUCUUGAUUUAAAACCUUAAACAAAUUGCACUUUAAAGGAUUAUAGAUAAUCCAUUUUUUUAAAUUCAAGUACAUCAGUGUUUGUUACUAUGCAGAGAAUGUCUGUACAAAAUUUCAUGUAACCUGUGAUAUUCAGUCAUUUUUAUUAAAAUGUUAAUGGAA